AAGCUUCAUCGGUAUUUGUGGAUAGAUUGGUAGAUAAGCCAGAUAGGAAGAUCUGCUCAAAGCAGAUGCCGUUUGAUGGUUGCGGUAUCAAAGAUGAAUAGAUAGGUCCAUCUUGUGGGAAGCUGAUUGUUGUUCUGCCGUUGCUUCAUACUCAGUCAGAUCCUGUUGAUUGGCAGCUCUGAAUCUCUACCAUGCUGAGAAAUCCUUUGUGAGUGUGGAUAACUUUCACAUAGGAGAGUUUCCCAAGGCCGAACCAGGCUCUUCUUACUUGUGAGGAUCAGUAAUAAUUCAAUCAUGUGGAGACCCUUCAAGCAGCUCUUGCCCAAAGAGCAUUCCGGGCCCUCCGGCGGCCUCGAGGGCCGAACCAUCGAUGUCGGCAACGUCAAGGUGCAUGUCCGGGAAGCCAUCGCCGAGGGCGGGUUCUCGUGCGUGUACCUCGCGAGGGACAUGGCGAACCCGGCGAAGCAGUACGCGCUCAAGCACGUCAUUGUCCGGGACAGGGAGUCGCUGGACCUGGUCCAGAAGGAGGUCACGGCGAUGAGGUCGCUCAAGGGGCACCCGAACGUGGUCACGCUUGUCGCGCACGCGGUACUGGAUAUGGGCCAUGGGAGGGAGGCGUUUCUGCUGAUGGAGUUCUGCGAGAGAUCCCUGGUUUCCGCCUUGGAGAGUAGAGGCGCGGGGUUCUUUGAUGAGGAGAAGGUUGCUCUCAUCUUCCGGGAUGUUUGCAAUGCGGUCUUCGCGAUGCACUGCCAGACACCGCCCAUUGCUCACAGGGACCUAAAGGCUGAAAAUGUGCUUCUUGGCGCUGACGGGGCUUGGAAAUUAUGUGAUUUUGGUAGUGUAUCAACAAAUCAUAAGUGCUUUGAUAAACCAGAGGAGAGGGGCAUUGAAGAAGAUAUCAUCCGAAAGCAUACAACUCCUGCUUACAGAGCUCCCGAGAUGUGGGACUUGUACAGGAGGGAAGUUAUUAGUGAAAAAGUAGAUAUAUGGGCUCUUGGAUGUCUCAUGUAUAGAAUCUGCUACUCAAAAUUAGCUUUUGAUGGAGAAUCAAAGCUCCAGGUACUCAAUGGGAACUAUCGUAUCCCCGAAUUACCGAAGUACAGUUCUUCCAUUACAAGUCUAAUUGAAGAGAUGCUUCAGUCAUCUCCAGAGGCCAGACCGGACAUUACACAGGUAUGGUUUCGUGUUAAUGAAUUACUCCCUUUGGAGCUGCAAAAGGAUUUACCUGACGGAUCUCCAUCUGGAUCAGCAUUUGAAUUGCAUACUACUGAAGAUGAAGCGCCAAGGCAGUUGCCCCAUGGAAGCUCCCUGUCGCCAUCAAGAGACAACGUGAGGAAUACACCACCCAAAGAUCCUUCCAGUCUGAGGUCACAAGUUCCUUUAACAGCUGCCGAGAGUAAGGGAUCUGUGGGUGCAUUUUGGUCAACUCAGCAUGCAGAAGAACUAGCUUUUGUGAAUGACAAGGGGCCAGCUUUUGAUCAUGAUCCCGUAUCCAAAGCCACAUCGAAGCAACCACAGGCAAAGAAUCAGAAGACAACACAGAACAGACAGUCUCUUUCUGCAUCUAUUGAUAGUUCUCCUGGGGACUUUGAAAUUAGGUUUUCUCCAAAUGGUUCAGAAUAUGGCCUAGAGAAAACCAAAAUCACGAAAACAGAUGACAAACCCACUGUACAGGCUGCUGCUUUUAACUCCUUUGUGGCGGACUUUGAUAAUGUUAAAGUGAGAUCACAGGACAACACCAGCAGUUUAAAAACGACAAGUCAAUUGAAAGAACAACAGCUGGAAGAUGAAGUAAACUUACUCAAGGAGCAACUAAAGAUAGCAAACUUGGAGAAGGAAGAAAUUUCACUGAAGUUGGAUAAGUUGUCAGCCAUUUGCUCCUCUCAGAGGCGAGAGAUACAAGAACUUAAACAAGCCCUAGCCACAGCAUCUGCAUCACCGCCAGUUAAGGAGUUAAAAGAAAAUUCGAACGUUGAAUUCUCCCCACCCAGCACAAGCCUUGACACUCCGCCAAGGGAAAAGAUUGCAGGAACCCCACCUGAGCUCCGUCAAGGUCUAUUUACAUCAAGUCCAGGGACACCAAGUCCUGAUCUGAAGCCAUUGUCAGCGUUUCCUGAAGAGCCGAAAGCUCAACCAGUUAUGAAGAGUUCCCACCCGAGGUCAGUCAGAACUCUGAGGGCGAACAGCAACAAAGUCGGCUCGCUUGGCCAGUCGAAGACAAACUUUGGUGCUGACCUCUUUGCAUUUGGUCAAGAUAGCUUUAAGGCUGUACCUUCUGGAACUGUACCUUCUGAGAUGUCGAAUUUUGGGGAUGCUUCUCAGUCUCUCAACGGUCUGAAAACUGAAGCGGAGAAAGAUGCACCCUACAAACCAGCUGGUUGGACUGGGUUUUAAUGUGCUACCGUCAAUAAAGAUAUCAGAUAUCCGAUGACACUGUACUCCGUUAGAAUUACAGAAAUACAGUCCACCAACUGUAUCAUAAUCAUAUAAAUUGUUUGGUGUUGAGAGAGAGCAGGAGUGCCACCUAGGAGUGCCAGAAUUGAUGUAGGUAUGUUCGCCGAUGCUUUUUGUACAGUUGUUUUGGUACUGAAUCCGUAUUGCAAAAGCAUCAUACUGUAAUUUAGUGCACAUGUAUGUUGGAAGUUUUAAAUAAUUUCCUGAGAACUGUACGGUCAGUUUGAACAAUAAUUUGCCAGAUAUGAGAAAUACAAAACAAGUUUUUUUUUGUUUA